GAAAAGAUACCAGAUCCAUUUAAAAUUUACUAAAACACUCUCAGAGAACCUAAGAAAACCUAACAGAAUUUCAUUUAGCUUGAUAAGAUUUCAAAGACAUAUCUACUGAUACCAACACAUUAGCUGAGCUAAUUUUUCUAUUUAUUCCUCUGCUAAAGUUUUCAAUUGCUAAUUCUUUCUGAUCUAAAAUUAAAACGUCAAGUAAAUCUAAGACACUAACCAAACAGAUCCCAUAUAAAUAACCAUUUAAUUCUCCUCAAUUACAUUUGUUUUAUUAUCUUAUUAUCUUAUUAUCUUAUUAUCUUAUUAUCUUAUUAUCUUAUUAUCUUAUUAUCCUAUCAUUAUAUCAUUAUAUCAUUAUAUCAUUAUAUCAUUAUAUCAUUAUAUCAUUAUAUCAUUAUUAUUUUGCUCCUGUUUAUUUAGCUAAUACUCCAAAUCUCAAAUAGUUAUCAAAAUGACCUCUGGUAUUGAAUUACUUACUUUCAACUUUACUCCUGUUACUUAUAAUGUCAAAAAGGACGACCUUAGCAAUAAGAACCAGUUGGAUGAUAAGGACUACUCUGUUGAUCCAAUUAAACGAAAAAGUGAUUUCCAGCUAAUCAAUAGCUCUCCUUCAACUCAAAGCACUGAUACUGAUUUCGAUUCCAAUGGCAAUAACACCAACAAUCUCUCUGCUGCUUCCAACUUUAAGCGAAGACCAUUGACCAACUCCAAGAUCAACACAAACACCAACAAUCCUGCUGUUGAUAACAAUAGCAAACCCAAAUCCAAAAGCAAAAGCAUUGAUAGCGUUUUUAAUAGUGGUUCUAUGAGCAGAAGUAGAAAUGGUAAAUUGUUAAAGUACCCUUCUUCCUCAUCCAACUACUCAUUAACCGUCGAUAGAAAUAGAAGGUAUUCUGUUGCAAAUCCUACAGAGAUCUACGAUUCAUUGAGUUAUGUUGCCUCUACUAUUUCUUCAUCGAACCAAUCCUCCUCGAUCAAUAUAUUCAAUAAAAACAACAGCAAUACUAUUCUCAACACAAAUCUUUUCAAUGCUCCCACUCCUACUCCUACUCUUUCUUCUUCUACACCUACUUCAACUUCGGUUUCUCCUGCAAAUGGCUGUAAAACCAGAAAGUUAAGUAACGAAGAAAUUAUAAACUUGAUGGAACAAGAACAAGACGCCAUGGUUUUGAAAUUGAUCAAAGAGAUUCAUCAUCUUAAAAACGAAAACUACAAAUUAAAGAACCAACUACAAAAAUCAUCUCCAACCAAUUCUCCAAAAUCGUUAUCGUUAUCGCUGUCGCUAUCGUUAUCAAACCACUCAAAAUCUUCAGCCGACUCAUCUGAUUUGAAUAACAGUAAUUACAUUUAUGAAUCGAAUAAACUAAAAAGAAAAAACUUCUUCUUGCCUUCAAAGAAUAAACGAUUUGCUUCUUCUCCAAAUAUCUCCACUGAUGAUACACCAUCGGGUUUGAGCAAUUUCAAUCUAAACACCACCACCACCACCACCAAUUCCUUGUCUCCACCAGACUCUACUGACACAACUGCAAAUCUCGAUGAAAGCAAUGCCAGUGAAAACAUAAUGGUUGAUAGUGAAAAUGUGAUGGUCGAUAGUCAAACCAACAAUAAUAACGAAAGCUCAACUCCAAGGUUUACUAAUAUUGAAAUUUGUUCCAAAGAUAAUGGAAGUACAGUCGAGUUGGAAAACUUGACAUUGAAAAACAAAAUAGUCGAGUUGACUGAACAAUUGAAUCAAACUCAUAACGAAUUGAAAAAAUUGCAAUUGCAAAACUAAAUAAUAAGAUUAUAGAUUCAAUUCUACUUGCUUAUCACUAGUUUAUUGUCUUGUUAUCUCAAUAUUUUAUUAUGUUAUACUCUUUUAUUUUAUAUUAUUUCCCACAUUUUAAUUUUAAUUUUAAUUUUCAUCCCAAUCAUUCUUACUUUACGAUGGUACUUUAGUUCUAAAAUUCACAGUUUACAAAUUUCAGAAAAAUAUUCUUCAUUCCACUUUACUUUUAUUCAUUUCUUACCUAAAAUAUAGAUAUUCAAUAUACUUUACUUCAAUUCCAAAAUAUUCAACCCGCUGUA